AUGGAAAAAAAAUCCGAAUUCCGCCCUAAUUCUCCCCCGGACUAUCCCCUUCCAGCCUCCCCUUUCACUGUCGAUGUCUGCAUACUUAACACCUACGACAGAACUAGUAACACGCGCCUUUACCUCCUACCAGGGGCAUUAUGGAAGCCCACCCUGCAUGGAUUCAAAAGCCCUCAGACCCCUAUCUACUGUUUCCUAAUCUCGCAUGAAGACCGCCACAUCAUCUUCUACCUUGGCGUCCGCACUGACUGGGAGAAAUAUACACCCAAGACCGUUCGAGCAAUCAAAGCAACGGUCGUGAGUGACUGCACGCGCGACGUCGUCGACAUCUUGCAUGACCCCGCGGACAAUCACAAUGUACUAGGCAUUCCCUCCUCCGACAUUGAAGCCGUCGUCUGGUCACACCCUCACUUCGACCACACGGGUGACCCGUCGCGAUUCCCUUCAUGGCCUGGACACACAUCCAACCCGGAUGGCCUUGUGCUGGACAGCGACGCUGCCGAUCGCUCUGUCCGCGGGAUCCACUUUGACCACGACAACCCCUUGCGCGUCGGCCCCUUCAACGCCGCCGACUACUUCGAUGACGGCUCCUUCUACCUUCUCGAUGCUCCCGGUCACGCUACGGGCCACUUGUGUGGCCUCGCUCGCACAACCGCUAACCCACCCACCUUUGUCUUCAUGGACGCGCGCUGA